GAGAGAGAGAGAGAGAGAGAGAGAGAGUGAGACAGAGAGAGAGAGAGAGAGAGAGAGAGAGAGACAGAGAGAGAGAGAGAGAGAGCUGAAUGGAAUGUCUCUGAUUCUCAAUGUUCCGUCUCAGAACACAUGAUAACAUGGAACUUCUAUCGUAAGGUGAGUACACAUUCUAUUGAUUCACACACCUGCUAUUAGAUAUUACAUCCCUAAUACAUGUUUUCAUAUGACUUAUCUGUUUAAUUAACAUGUAUUUACAUGACAUAGCGUAAAUAUUUCCUUCCAUACUUGACUCAUUUAGGUUUAUCCCAUGGAUAAAACUUGUCAAGUUAAGUUUUGGCUAGAGUCGUGAGUCAUGUAGCAGGUUAGGGCGUAGUUAUAGAGCCAGUGGGCAUCAGGAGAAAAACGACAAGCAACAGUACUCUUCUGUCAGGCAGGUGAUUAAGGCAUAAAAUUAAAAUAAUUAAGUGAUUGAAGGAAGGAAUAAUCAACACUAUCAAUUGUCUCUCCUAAACACAGCACAGCUCUGUAACAGGGAAUCACUCACUAACAGUAGAAGGAUGACCUGCCACUCAUUGAGCUCCUUUGUACGGAGCCUGUCCAGGAGAAAACCUCUGGAGCCCGAGGGAGAGGAGUCCACGUUCAACCGCUGUCUGACCACCCUGGACCUGGUGGCCCUAGGGGUGGGGAGUACCCUGGGAGCAGGGGUCUACGUUCUCUCUGGAGAGGUUGCUAGGACGUCGUCAGGUCCCAGCAUCAUCAUAUCCUUCUUCAUCGCUGCCGUGGCCUCCAUCUUUGCCGGCUUGUGCUACGCUGAGUUCGGGGCCCGCGUCCCCAAAACGGGGUCUGCGUAUCUGUACAGCUAUGUGACGGUGGGAGAGCUACUGGCGUUUAUUACCGGAUGGAAUCUGUUGCUGUCCUAUGUCAUAGGGACGUCUAGUGUGGCGAGGGCUUGGAGCGGAACCUUUGAUGACCUUAUCGGCAACGUCAUGGGGAAUUUCUUCAAAGAAAACCUUUAUAUGGGCUUCCAGGGCCUCGCAGAAUACCCAGACUUCUUUGCUGCUGGGCUCAUUAUGCUCCUGGCAGGUCUGCUGGCCUUCGGUGUCCAGGAAUCGGCAAUAGUCAACAAGAUCUUCACGGCCGUCAACAUCCUGGUGCUUCUGUUUGUCAUUGUAGCGGGCGUUGUCAAGGGAGACGUCGGUAACUGGCAGAUCAGUCAGGAGGAGCUCAUCAACGCUACAGCGGAAUUACAGAACCUAACCUCCACAGUCAACGUGACCAGUAUGUAUGGGGCUGGAGGGUUCUUCCCGUACGGUUUCGACGGGACAAUCUCUGGAGCCGCUACCUGUUUCUAUGCCUUCGUAGGCUUCGACUGCAUCGCCACAACAAGUGAGGAGGUGAAGAACCCUCAGAAGUCCAUCCCGCUGGGCAUCGUGGCGUCUCUCCUCAUUUGUUUCCUGGCCUACUUCGCUGUGUCGGCGGCCCUCACUCUGAUGAUGCCCUACUACAUGCUGAAUGUUAACAGCCCGCUGCCUGUGGCCUUCAUGUACAUCGGCUGGGGGCCCGCCAAGUAUGUGGUGGCUGUCGGCUCGCUCUGCGCCCUCUCCACCAGUCUGUUGGGUUCCAUGUUCCCCAUGCCCCGCGUACUGUUUGCUAUGGCCAGAGACGGCCUCCUCUUCAAGCCCCUCAGUAAGGUCAGCGCCAGACAAAGUCCUGUCAUCGCUACCCUCUCCUCCGGGGUCGUAGCAGCGAUAAUGGCCCUGGUGUUUGACCUGAAAGCUUUGGUUGAUAUGAUGUCAAUUGGGACACUCUUUGCCUACACACUUGUGGCUAUAUGCAUUCUUAUACUUAGGUACCAAGAGACCCAAUCAGAAGACUCAGAUCUCCAGAUCCUUGAAUCAAGCACCAAGUUUGGUUGUCUCAAACCACCAUCAUUUCCAACAUCGGGCACCUCGAAAACAGUCACAAGUUUGACUGUCUUUUCUGUGGUGUGUGUAUGCGGUCUGUGCGUCCUGCUGACCCAAGCGAUAGACGCUAUACAGCGGCAGGAGAUCUGGAGCAUGGUGUGUGUGUCCAUCGUAGCCUUCAUCCUCCUGGUCCUCGUCAUCGUCAUCUGGAGGCAUCCACAGAACCAAGCCAAGGCUGCUUUCAUGGUGCCCUUCCUGCCCGUGCUGCCGGUAGUUAGUGUGUUCGUCAACGUCUACCUGAUGGUGCAGUUAGGACGAGACACCUGGAUGAGAUACGCCAUCUGGAUGGCCGUAGGGUUCCUCAUCUACUUUGGUUAUGGGAUCCGUAACAGCGUUCAGAAGCAGAGGAACCAGACCCGCCAGGUGGAGAUUGAGACCAUCAGCGGUGUGACGAAGAAGGAGGCCUUCAAAGAAGACAGAUUCUGAGGCUGAGUGGAAAGGACAACACAGGAGUGGAGAGAAGAGGAGAGGAGAAGAGAGGACAUAGGAGCGAGAGACAGGACAGGACGGGAGCUGACAGGACAGGACAGGACGGGAGCUGA